AUGGCCCAGGAAGAUUCUGCAGCAGCUAUAUUUAAGCUUGUGCUGGUCGGUGAUGGAGGUACUGGUAAAACAACAUUUGUGAAGAGACAUCUUACAGGAGAGUUUGAGAAGAAAUAUGUUGCUACUCUGGGAGUGGAGGUGCACCCGCUGGUUUUUCACACCAACAGAGGAGCCAUCAAGUUUAAUGUAUGGGACACUGCUGGUCAGGAGAAGUUCGGAGGUCUGAGAGAUGGCUACUAUAUUCAAGCCCAGUGUGCCAUCAUCAUGUUUGAUGUCACCUCGCGAGUCACCUACAAAAAUGUGCCCAACUGGCAUCGUGACCUGGUCCGCGUGUGUGAAAACAUUCCCAUUGUGCUCUGCGGUAACAAGGUUGACAUCAAAGAUAGGAAAGUCAAAGCUAAAAGCAUCGUCUUUCACCGCAAGAAGAACCUGCAGUACUAUGACAUUUCUGCCAAGAGUAACUACAACUUUGAGAAGCCUUUCCUGUGGCUAGCAAAAAAAUUAGCCGGAGACCCCAACAUGGAGUUUGUGGAAAUGCCUGCUCUUGCGCCUCCAGAAGUUGCAAUGGACCCAGCCAUGGCUGCUCAUUAUGAGAAGGAGCUUAAUGCUGCUGCGCAAACGGCACUCCCAGACGACGACGAAGACCUCUAA